AAAGAGCCGCUCCGUGCAAAGAGCUGCUCCGUGCAAAGAGCCGCUCCGUGCAAGGGCUGCUCCGUGCAAGGGCCGCGCGCGUGCCCGUGUCUGUGCCCGCGCACUGAGCUCCGCCAUCGCUCUGUGAUCACGGACGGGACGGCCCAGACGUAUUUCUCCCCCCCUCCAUCGGUCCUCUUUCCUUUUUUAUUGGCCUGCACGGUGUUUUUUCGCGGCGCACGCCUCACUCGUAACCCAGACAUUGCUCCGCCCGUCAGAGCCGCUUCGGGACGGGAGCUGGCCCGCCUACAAGCUCACGCCGGAGGACCCCGCUCUCGUCUCGUCCCGGCCCGGCGGGCAGCGGCAAUGAGCGAGCUGCACGAGGCCGUGGCCGCCGGGCACUACGAGCGGGCGGAGCGGCUGCUGCGGGCGGGGCGCUGCGAUCCCAACCAGAAGGACGCGGACUGGGGAGACUGGACCCCGCUGCACUGGGCCGCUGCCAGGGGGCACGUGGCGAUGCUGCGGCUGCUGCUGGGCCGCGGGGCCCGGCCGUGUCUCCGCAACGCUGCGGGAUGGACCCCGGCGCACUGCGCGGCCGAGGCGGGGCGGCUGGCAGCGCUGCGCACCCUGCACGCCGUGCACGCCCCGAUGGACGCGGCCGACCCCUUCGGGGACACCCCCAGGAGGCUGGCACAGAUCUACGGGCACGCCGAGUGCGUCAGCUUCCUGGAGACAGCAGAGGUGGAGAGCAGAGCCUACCGCCGGAUGGCUGCGAUGAGGGGAGUGCCCUUGGACCAGGUGGAUGAAGACUGGGAACUCAAGAAAGAGGAGCUGGAGAGAAACCCAGCGUGCGCCUGGCGCAGCCGCGCAGCAGCUUCUGCUCAGAAGAAGAUGGAGAGGAAGAGAAGGAAGCAGUAGCGUCCCUGCGUGCUUGGGGCUGCCGAGAGCUCACAGCGCGGAGCAGAGGCACUGCUGCAUCCCAGGGGGAAACCUGGACUGGCAGCAGUGGAGGUGGCUGCCAGGAUGUGUCUCUGUGCCGUGCUGCACGUGCUGCUGUGCUCGGGGUGGGGGUAGGAGUGCUUCUGCCGGCCCGUCUGCGUGUCUGCGUGCAUCAGGUCUUAAAUAGCAGAAAGCUGCAGAAAGGUGUUUAAAUGUACAAGCGCUCUAAUUCACUCAGCUCUAUACAAACGUAUAGAAAUGAAAUUCACAGCGCUCACCCGUGUUGCGUGGGAGGGAAACUGUUUUGCUUCUGACUGGCUCAGGGACAUCUCCAUGGUGAUGCCAGUGCCCUUUCUGUGUUUGCUUCCGGCCCCAAGUCUCCUUGGGAGCCCUAGGGGCUCGUAGCCCAGUGCUGCCUCUCUCUUUUCUCAGUGGUGGGACAGAGCAGCUCCUGCUGUUGCCGGGCACGUUGUGACAGCAGCACCCAGCACUCCUGCUGCUGCUCGCGGUGGGAGCACUCACUGGCGGCAGUGGCCGUGCUCAUGGGAGUGCUGUGGAACCUCUCCUGGGCUGUCCUUCUGUUGUCCCUUAUCCCUGUCAAAACUUUCAAUGGUAAAAGCAGUUUUUAACUCUUUCAAUUGCAGAAUACAUUUUGACCUUGACCUGAA